AUUUCGAUCUUUGUCGGACCCAUUCAAACAAGUGGUAUCGUUACACACACUAGCUAGCUCACUGCCAGGCAUCCGUACUAGCUAAUAGCUUGUCCAUCUUGUCAUAAUAUCCAUCUGCAAAAGAUCCAAAAGCCUUCCGACCGACUACGCACUAGUUAGCAAUAAACCCAGCCACCAUGACAGCCUUGAUUGAGACUCUCUUCGCCCCCGUUGUGUCCACUACUACUACGUCCCAGGCCGCAUCCACCUCAUCGUCUGCCCAGCAUCAGCCUCCCAUUUUCACGAAGUCCUUCACACUGCAGACCAUGAUAAUGAUCACCAGAACCCUGGAUGUCCGACGUGUCUACAACAGUGAUCACGAAUUGCGAGUGUCCAUUGAUGUUCCAGGGGCUGAGCGUGGAGCCUUGAGUCUGCACUUGGACAAUCGCACAGAAAGCAGACCUUCCAUCCAAAUCCGAGGGGUCCUCAAUGGAGAAGCCGUCUCCAAGACGCUUGGCUUGCCCACUACAAGUGCAUUGAAUCUGAACCAGCUCCAUGCCCGACUUGCCAACGGAAUUCUCGAUGUCGUGGCACCCAAGCUAGUGUCAACCGCAGCCAGCGACGUCUCCACCAGUACCAGUUCGGCUGCAGCCAACGAAACUAGAACUAUUCCCAUUGUGGCUGUUUGAGUGAGAUGAACGAACGACCUCUUGGCACUGCUGGCGGACUGAUAUCGAGUACAGCACAUCAUAUGAUCUCCCACAUCUGCUAGAAUAUAUUGACAUGGGAAUGUGCUUUCGUGGCAUUUUUGCAAUCUACUAUUAAUUCAAGUUCUCUUCGAUGAGGGGACUGCACUAGAUACAUAUAUACCAACUAAACUUUUAUUAAGAAGAGUUGUAGCAUC